AACCAAUAUCCAGCUAGCUUUCUUUCUAAUGGAUCACUCCAGGAGCGGCACGGCGACUGACUGCUGUCUGAUUAAUCACAGGAAGAGUUUAAUUGUGGGGAUUAAAAGCCACAAAAGCUGAUGACCGAUGAACAAAAGGACAUUUCCCACUGCUGUCAGUGAUGGAGAACGAGACAUGGUCGCACCCUCCGUACAUCCCUGUUUAUCUCCUCCAUGGUGACCCGUUUGCCUCGAGACUCUCAAGAGAGGCGGAUAUUGUUGCAGCCUUUUACAUCUGUGUCAUAGGAAUCAUGUCCGCAACAGGGAAUGGCUAUGUCAUUUAUAUGACCAUCAAACGCAAGACCAAGUUGAAGCCUCCUGAGCUCAUGACUGUUAAUCUAGCCAUCUUCGAUUUUGGCAUAUCAGUGACAGGAAAACCCUUUUUCGUUGUCUCUAGUUUGUCUCAUCGCUGGUUGUUCGGCUGGGAGGGUUGUCGUUUCUACGGCUGGGCGGGCUUUUUCUUUGGUUGUGGGAGCCUCAUCACAAUGACCUUGGUCAGUCUGGACCGAUACCUCAAGAUCUGUCAUCUCAGAUACGGUACAUGGCUAAAACGGCACCACACCUUCCUGUGCCUGGCCUUUGUCUGGGUAUAUGCAGCCUUCUGGGCCACCAUGCCCCUGAUCGGCUGGGGAAACUACGCCCCAGAGCCUUUUGGGACCUCCUGCACAUUGGACUGGUGGCUGGCACAAGCCUCUGUGUCCGGCCAGAUCUUUGUCAUGGCCAUCCUGUCCUUCUGUCUUGUCCUCCCUACAGGCAUCAUUGUCUUCUCUUAUGUCAUGAUUAUCUUCAAGGUCAAGUCCUCUGCAAAGGAGAUUUCGAACUUUGACGCUCGCAUCAGAAACAGCCACAGCCUUGAAAUGAAACUCACAAAGGUGGCAAUGCUGAUCUGUACAGGCUUCUUGAUAGCCUGGAUCCCGUAUGCAGUGGUGUCUGUAGUGUCAGCAUUUGGUGAGCCAGAUUCGGUGCCCAUUCCUGUGUCUGUCAUUCCCACACUGCUGGCCAAGUCUGCAGCCAUGUACAACCCCAUCAUUUACCAGGUGGUGGACCUGAAAAAUUCCUGCACAAAAUCCUCCUGCUUUAAGACCCUGAAGAAACGCAGGCAUUGUAGAAAUUCAAGGUUCUAUACCAUCUCUGGUUCAUUACGGGACACUCCACCAGCCAAAGAAGCUCAUGUGGAGAUGUGAGACAGACUUUUUAGACUUUGUGACCCUCCUACCCUAUCUGCCUUGGACAGUUUGCCUUGUUCCCUGCCCUCAGUGCCCUACACUUACGUAAUCACACAAUCACACGCUGACUGUCACUGCUAUUACAUUAUCAACAGCGCACCAUUGUUACCAGUGGUUCUUGAGUCCUGCUGCUUGUCUCUACAUCCAUGCUGGAUCGCCGUGUGCUUCCCA